AUGGCUUGUUGGGUGUGGAGUCUAUUCAUUCGGGCGCACAAAAAGGAUCUCGAGUUCAGUGAUCUCUACCGCUGCCCAAAAUCAGAUGAGACACAUCGGGUCCGAAAUAAACUGGAAAUCAAAUGGGAUAAACAAUUGAAAAGUAAAGGAAAGCCAUCGCUAUUUUGGGCACUCUUUGCAUCGUACGGACCCGAACUUAUUGUCCUAUAUAUUCCUGAUGCAAUCAGGGAUAAAAAUACCAACCAGGAAUGGGCCAUAUGGGCAGCCGUGGGUAUUAUGUUGGCCGCUUUAAUUAACAUGUUUAUCACUCAUGUAAAUGGCACUCUUAACAUUAAAGUGGGGGUUAGGAUACGCGCCGCCUGUUGUGCCCUAAUUUACCGCAAGGCGGCGAUUGUGUUAUACCUGUUGUGGCCGUACCUGCGGUGGGCGUGUUUGGCGGGAAUGGGAAUACUUGUGCUGUUUAUACCAUUUCAAGUACUAAUGGGUCGUAUGUUUCGGAGUAUACGCCAAAAGACCGCCGAAUUAACCGACAGUCGAAUCCGUUUAAUGCAAGAGAUUAUCGCCGGAAUGCGUGUCAUAAAGAUGUACGCCUGGGAACAGCCCUUCGCACAGUUGGUCGCAACCGCUCGCAAGAGUGAAGUAAAACACAUCCGAUCGUCAAACUUCUUGAAAGGCAUUAACCUUUCGGUGUUUUUUGUAAUAUUACGGCUUAUAGUCUACGCGUGUUUUGUCACAUAUAUACUGAUGGGAGGGGUGUUGUCGGCGGAGACAGCCUUUGCCACAAUUGCCUACUUUAAUGCCAUGCGUUGGUCAAUGGCUAAGUUUGUACCCCUCGCUAUUGCUGCACUAAGUGAGCUGAUCGUGGUGAUCAAACGGAUAGAGUCUGAGUGUAAAACCCGGACAACUGUUGGCUGUCGUUGGAUCAGUUGGCAGUGGAAAGAUAUCGCUAGUGUCGGGUCGAGUGGUAGUGAGGGGUCGGGUGUCGUACGCGCCGCAGGAGUCGUGGGCUUUCAUAGCGAGAGUUCGACAGAAUAUUUGGUAGUGAGGGGUCGGGUGUCGUACGCGCCGCAGGAGUCGUGGGCUUUCAUAGCGAGUGUUCGACAGAAUAUUCUGUUUGGCUCUCAAUAUAAUGAAGAGAAAUACAAUCGAGUGGUGAAGGCGUGUGCUUUGGAUCGGGAUUUCAAACUCUUCCCAUACGGAGACCAAACUCUAGUCGGCGAAAGAGGAGUAUCGUUAAGUGGGGGCCAAAAGGCCCGCAUAAGUCUGGCCCGGGCUCUGUACCACUCGGCAGACAUCUACCUCUUGGACGACCCCUUGAGUGCUGUCGACACACAUGUGGCCAAACAUCUCUUCCAGAAAUGUUGUGUUGAGUAUUUGAAAGACAAGACCAGGGUUUUAGUGACCCAUCAAAUCCAGUUUCUCAGAGACGCGCAUCAAAUACUUGUGCUCAACGACGGCGAGUGUGUGGCCAUCGGGUCCUACAAUGAGCUCAAAAAGCGCGGCAUUGAUCUCAUGGCAUAUCAAAGACAAACCGAUGGAACAAAUGAUAGGAGAGAUAUAAAAAGAAGGACAUCUUUCACACCAUCGAUGGUCUCAUCCCUUAGUGAGGGAUCGGAAGUGACGGACGUUAGGGAACCGAUAGAAGUGGACGAACAGGAAGUGAAGGCCGAACUCAAAAUGAUUGGAUCCGUUGAGUCCACUGUUUAUAUGGAUUACAUUAAAGCCGGCGCCGGACCUCUGCUCAUAGCUUUAACCGUAUUGUUUAUUAUUAUUUCACAAGUUCUCUAUCAGGGAAGCGAUUAUUGGUUGAGUUUAUGGACCAAUCAAAUGAGUCAAACCCCUAAGGAAGUGGAUCAAACAUUCAAUAUAAUAAUCUACACGAGUUUAAUCAGUGGUCUGUUUGUGUCGGCCCUGUUGUCCACCAUUUGUUUCUACAUAAUGUGUAUGAGAUCUUCGGUUAAUCUUUAUAACCGAAUAUUCUGUGCGUUAUUGCGAUCACCGAUACAUCUGUUUGAGAGUUCGCCUAUUGCCCGGAGUCCGGUGUACUCUCACGUGAACACAACGCUGUGUGGGCUGACAUCGAUCCGUGCGUUUGGCGCACAGCAUAUGUUUGAGCGUCAGUUUGAAGUCCACCAAAACGACAACACCUCUACUUUUUUCCUAUUCAUCUGCACUUCACGAGCACUCGGAGUACUAAUGGACACCAUUUGUCUGGUUUAUGUUAGCGCUGUUAUCGCUUAUAUUAUGACCAAUAGUGACAGUAUUCCCGGAGGAAAUGCUGGUCUUUUGUUGACUUCUGCUUUACCGUUGACUAAUUUGAUUCAAUAUUGUGUAAAACAAUCGGCCGAUACUGAAUCCUAUAUGACUGCUGUCGAGCGAGUCCUAGAAUACACAGCCAUUAAACCCGAGGCAGAGCUCGAGUCCACUCCCGAUCGGAAACCACCCAAAGAUUGGCCACAAAUGGGAAAAAUAGUGUUCAAAGAUAUGAGUCUUCAAUACAACGAAUCGCCGCAUAAAGUGCUCAAAGAUAUCAAUGUUUGCCUCAAAGGGGGAGAAAAGGUGGGAGUCGUGGGCCGGACGGGCGCCGGCAAGUCGUCCAUCAUUGCAGCCCUCUUUCGACUCACAGAACCUUUAGGAUAG